ACCUCCGCUCUGACAUUUUGAACCUGCACCUCGCACAGACCCUCAGGACCCAGCACCUCCUCCUUCUCCUCCUCCUCUCCUCACCUCCUCCCCUCAGCACCUCCUCUCUUCUCCUCUCCUCCUCCCCUCAGCACCUCCUCUCUUCUCCUCCUGCAGCCGUGGAGGAGCAGCACGCGGGCGUCGUUAUGUUAGAAACGGAGGCGGGACAAACUCUGGACCAGUCGACGGCGACGCCUUCAAACAAGUUCCCUGCUGCUAACGUGGAGGAGAGCAACAACAUGGCUGCUGCUGCGGCGGUGAUCGGAGACACGCCUCCAGCCGACGGCCUGUCAGAGAACGACAGCGGCGUGGAGCUGACCAAUGAGAACAGCCCGCUGACCGCCGCCGAGCCGCCGUCCCCCUUCAGCCCCAAACAGCACGGAGACGCAGCCUCACCCCAAGACGACAACCAGUGUUCGAGAGGAAACAGGAAAAGAACCAAGAAGAGUUCAGAGGAUGAGGAAACGACCUGGGACUCCUACAGCGAGGAAAAGGCCUCUGGACCUCAGUCGGGUUUGAGACAGACGCCUCGACCCAGAACCAUCUUCCAGGCCGGUCUGACGCCGCACGCCAAGGCUCGCAGGCCCAACCGGAAACAGGAGCACGUCUUGUCACUGUGUGCGGUCGGGUCCCGGGUGGUGGCGCUCAUGUCCGGCGACGCCCCCUCGUCCCCUCGCCUGGACCUGACGGAGCAGGACUCCAAAGACUCGGCUCAGAGCAGCAGCACCGUGUCCAGCUCCGAGGCCCAGCCCGAGUACAGCGACAACAAAGGCUUUGGCAUCGGCGAGCUGGUGUGGGGGAAGAUCAAAGGCUUCUCCUGGUGGCCCGGCAUCGUGGUCACGUGGCGAGCGACCGGCAAGAGGCAGGCGGGCCACGGCAUGAGGUGGCUGCAGUGGUUCGGAGACGGCAAGUUCUCAGAGGUCUCUGCAGACAAGCUGGACUCCAUCACCGCCUUCCCCAAGUUCUUCAGCCAGGCGUCCUACACCAAGCUGGCGUCCUACCGCCGGGCCGUGUUCCAGGCUCUGGAGAUGUCCAGUAUCCGGGCGGAGCAGACCUUCCCCCCCUGUGAGUCGGACCCCCCCGAGGACCAGGUGAAGCCCAUGCUGGACUGGGCCAACGCCGGCUUCCUGCCCAAAGGGGAGGAGGGACUCCGACCCACGCACGGCGCCAACAGCAACCCUCUGGACCACCAGGUCCUGGACGUGUCUCUGCCCGAGUACUUCCCCAGCGCCAAGCGGCCCCGGGUCAGCCUGUGUAAGAGCAAGGCCGCGCCCGAGGAGUCCUUCUGCAGAGAGCAAAUGGUGAAUGAAGUUCUGAAGAAUAAUUGUAGUAUUGAAGAGUUCUGUCUCUCCUGUGGGAGGAGGAGAGCGGCAACGUUCCACCCGCUGUUUGAAGGAGGCCUGUGCCAAACAUGCAAGGAUGUGUACCUGGAGAUGUCCUACAUGUACGAUGACGAUGGCUACCAGUCGUACUGCACCGUGUGCUGCGGAGGUCGAGAGGUUCUGCUCUGUGGCAACGCCAACUGCUGCAGGUGUUUCUGCGUGGACUGCCUGGACAUCCUGGUCGGACCCGGGACCUCUGACAGCGCUCGCUACCUGGACCCGUGGAGAUGCUACAUGUGUCAGCCGCCGCUGCAGGACGGCAGCCUGCGGCGCCGCGACGACUGGAGCCUCAAGCUGCAGGAGUUCUUCGCCAACGACCACGGACAGGAGUUUGAGCAACCGAAGAAUUACCCAGCAGUCCCUGCGGAGCAGAGGCGACCAAUCAGAGUGCUCUCCCUGUUCGACGGCAUCGCCACAGGGUACCUGGUUCUGAGGGAUCUGGGCUUCAAGGUGGACCAGUACGUGGCGUCGGAGGUGUGCGAGGACUCCAUCUCAGUGGGCGUGGUCAGACAUGAAGGAAAGAUCCAGUACGUCCAUGAUGUGAGGAACAUCUCCAAGAAGGAUCUUCUAGAGUGGGGUCCGUUUGACCUGGUGAUCGGAGGAAGUCCCUGCAACGACCUGUCCAUCGUCAACCCUGCGAGGAAAGGUCUCUACGAGGGAACCGGGAGGUUGUUCUUCGAGUUCUACCGGCUGCUGAGCGAAGCCCGGCCCAAGGAAGGAGAGGACCGGCCGUUCUUCUGGAUGUUUGAGAACGUGGUCGCCAUGGGCGUCAACGACAAGAGGGACAUCUCCCGAUUCCUGGAGUGCAACCCUGUGAUGAUCGAUGCCAUCGACGUCUCUGCUGCUCACCGUGCACGAUACUUCUGGGGAAACUUGCCAGGGAUGAACAGGCCGCUGUGUGCGUCGGGCAUGGACAAGCUGGAGCUGCAGGACUGUCUGGAUCACGGCCGAGUGGCAAAGUUUGGAAAAGUUCGAACCAUCACCACUCGUUCCAACUCCAUCAAACAGGGGAAAGACCAGCACUUCCCUGUGAUGAUGAACGGGAAGGAGGACAUCCUGUGGUGCACGGAGCUGGAGAGGAUCUUCGGUUUCCCGGUCCACUACACAGACGUGUCCAACAUGGGUCGCGGCGCCCGACAGAAGCUGCUGGGCCGGUCCUGGAGCGUCCCGGUCAUCAGGCACCUGUUCGCUCCGCUCAAGGAUUACUACGCCUGUGAAUAGACUCCAGGAACCCGACGCCACCUGUGGUCACACAGGGUGAUGCGAGUCAGGAGGUUCCUCAGAGUCCACAGCAGCUGUUAGGAUGCACUGUAACACACACUAACACACACUAACACACACUAACACACACUAACACACACACAGAAGAGGGGUUCAUCACCAACUCCUUCCUUUGGUUUAGAAAAUGAGGACUGCACAGGGAUUUAAUUAGAUUUCUUUAGAGGUAUUGUUUUUAAGUUGUCAACACUUCUUAGUUGUAGGAAAAUAGAAAACAAUUUAACACAACUUUUAAAGUGGCUUCAUAUCACAAAGUUUUAUCAACACUGCGUUUCUCUGAUGAUUAAAAUAUGUGACAGGCCGGUUGAUGUUAAUCUGAAGAAACUUUUAAUCUGACCUGAACCAAAGUUAUCGGGCGUCUUGAACGCCUCCUGCUGUUUCACUAGUCUCAGCAUUAUUAACACUAUUUUAAAUAUGAUCCGGCAAUUUCACCAAAACUACAUAUCCCAUAAGUCUUAGCCACAGAAAUACUGUGAAGGAGGAAAAACAACUUUUAUUAAAGGUUUUAUGAACAUGUUUGUGUAGAUAGUGUGAAACACACAAAUACUUGAAACAAAGCCAACGCAAGAACAGAUGUGGAGGUUUUGUCUUUUAUCGACGUUUCAAACCGCUUAGAAACUAAGAGUGGUUAUGUUUCUUUGACUGUAGAUGUUUGAUUAUUGUUUUAAUGAUAAAGCAGCUGGAGGCCAGCGUCUCCACGGAAACAAGUGAGUCCGUCACUUCAGUUAAAACCUUUUUCCAGAAAUUGAAAAAAACUAUAUUUUUGUAAACUAGCACUGACUACUUUUUCUAAGUUUUUCAGUUUCAAAAAGACUCUAAAGAUUUAAAGGACUGAACCAUUUAGAAGAUGCUUCACUAAGGUCCCUGUGGGGAACAUGCUUCUGUGUACAGUACGUUUACAUCAUGACACGUAAUGAUCAUCUGUUUCCAGAAGAAGCAUUGAGUUCUCUACUGAGGAUCCCGGGUCAGUUUGUGUUUCCUGGUCCAAGGCUUCAGCUUCAGGGUGUGAACCAGGAACCUGUGACCUCACUCACUGGAACAUGGCGUCCAUCUUUCAGAUAUUGAUGUUGUUUUGAAAACUGGAAGAUUUUUUUCUAAUGACACCAAAUUAAAGUAAACGGGCAUUACCUCAGACACCUUAGUGUCUCUGUUCUGUGAAUAUGUUCUGCUCCCAUGUGACCUGUAUGUUUAUAUAACUAUAUUUAGCUUGUUACCACUGGAACUGUUUUUUUACACAGUGUUGUGUUUACUGUAUCCAUAGAAAAGUUUACAAGUUACUUAGUAAGAGUUCUGGCUCGGACUCCUCUGGUGCUCAGAGCCACAGGAUCACGUCUGAUUUCACAGCUGUUAAAAACUCAAAGUGACUGUUUACAUGCUUCGUUAACACUGAUGAACGUGGAAGGUUCAACGGAACCAGGACACAAGUUCUUCUCUUUUGUAACCGUGCUCUUUUAAGACUUUAUGUAUAUUAGGAAGAUACAUUUUAUAUUAACACCGUUCAAAGCUUGCUUGAAACUUGUUAUAUUAUAACACGACAUAGAACGUUAAUCAAUAGCUGUUUACAGAGUUUGUUAUUUAGAUGUAAACCAUUUGCGUGUGUGAUAGUCUUCUGAGAACAGUUUCUACUCUUUUCUCUUAAGCUGUUUUGUGCUUUAUCUUUGAUCAGAUUCAGAUUGUGUUUCUGUUUUCAGUUUUGUCAUUUUACUUUUUAUGAAUCUAAACUGCAAAAGCCUUUGAAAAGAUCGGAUUCUGUUAUUUUUGUACUUCUUUAAGGGAAAACCCUUGUUCUUUUUUUUAUAUUUGUGUAUUUCCU